AUGCUCGUGACCAAGCACGCUGCUGAGCUGUGUGCUCUCCUAGUCAGCGAUCUUCACGGCGAACUUCCUUCGCGUAUCCUCACAGCUCUACUCACCAAAGGACGAUGCAACGUGACCCAGCUCGGUCGACACACGUCGCUAGGUGCGCGACACCUGCGCAAUGGUCUCGCCGUCCUAUUUCAGCAUAACCUCCUCUAUACCCGCAUCGACAACGAGACAAGGGUCGCCUCCUACGACGCCAACCCGGAAGCUUGCUACAACCUCAUUCGAACGGGCAAAAUCCUUGACAUGGUCGACAGACAAUUUGGUUCAUCGGAACGUGACGUGAUCCAGACUCUGCUCCAGCUCGGACAUGCCCGGAUCGGAGAUCUGAAGCAGGCGUUCGAUUCGAGAAACGCAUCAGUGAGCAGCCGAUCAAACGGAACGAAUGGCCACACGAAUGGCAUGGUCUCUUCCGACAACGAACUCUACGUCACUCUGGGUCGGCUUAUCCAAGCUGAUCUUGUCGAGACCGUGCGUGCCGACUCUUUCCGCAACCCGAUCGAUGUGUAUCACGAAAUCAAGACCGAGGCUACCAAGAUCGCGCCGGGCGAGAAAGCCACUGGCACCAAACAUGAACAACAACAACAAAUUAUCAAUCGAUGGCGUACAUUUCGCGAACAAAGCAAGGGCGUCAAAAGGCAGUUGGAUCAAUCACGAGGCAGGAUAUCCAAGAAACGGAAACUCCAGAAUGGCCACGCUGCCAGUGCAGACUACGAUGAUGAGGACGGCCUACAGCAUGUCCCCCAGCUGGCUCCGAACAUGAUCGUCCGGGUCAACCACCAGAAAUGCCUGGUCGAGCUCCGAAACCACUCCCUGGCGAAUUUCGCAGCCGAUGCCUUGGGUGACGUGACCGGGGAAAUCUACCGAGUUCUGCUGGGCCUCCUUACUCUGGAAGUAUCCCAGUGCCGGCCAGACACCAUGGUUGAAGACGAGACCCCUCCGCCGCCACCUGCUGCCACUACCACUCUCGACAUACUCGACCACCUCGACGACUCUAUCGAUGUGGGUUACGGGGUAGGCAAAGUAAAGAAGGAGAAUAUCAACCAAUCAAGUGCGGAGAAGACAAAGGUAAACCCUCCACAGUCCGACGAUGAGUCCGAAGAGUCGGACAAUGAGCAAACAAGUCAUCGGCAAUCGCGAUCCGGCAUCAGCCUCGACGACGACGAUGAAGAUGAUGACGACGACGAAGACGAGUCAGGCGACGAUCAUGCCAAUGGAGCAUCACAUACCAAAUCAGUUUCACAAGCAAACGGUCAUCGCCAAACCAAAGUCAAAUUCAAGGAAGACUCAGCGCCAGCCAGCCGCUUGGAUCAGUUGCGACAGCACCUGCUCCUUCUCAAGGAGAGCAAGCACAAGUUCAUUCGGCACUGCGGGACGAAUGGACGAGGUCAGUGGACCGUGGACUUUGCGCAACUGAUGGAUCAUGUUCGCGAGUCGGAGCUCGACGCUGUCAUUGAGCAGUCACACGGUCGCUAUGGCUUGCGCCUGACGCGGAUCCUCCGAGAGAAGGGCAAACUGGACGAGAAGAUGCUGCACUCGGCGGCGCUCAUGAGAAAGCCCGACGUGCAAGGGAAGAUGCUGGCACUGCAGAUGGCCGGGCUGGUGGACAUACAAGAGGUGCCGAAGGACAGUAGCCGAUUGGCCAACCGGACGAUCUUUCUCUGGUUCUUUGACGGGGAGCGCACGCAGGCCCAGUUGUUGGACGACGUGUACAAGGCGAUGCUCCGGGCCCUGCAGACCCUACAGGUGGAGCGCCACAAGGAGCGUAACAUUCUCUCGUUUGUGGAGCGCAAAGAUGUCCAGGGAAAGGAAGAGGAAGUCAUGGGGAAUGACUACCUCAAGAGAUACAACCGGCAUCUUGAAAGACAGGAGAUGCUGCUGGGGCAGGUGAUGCGGUUGGACAACAUGAUUUCGGUGUUCAGGGAUUUCUAG